UGCUCGCACUCGGACGCCCCGCGCCCCCACGUACACGCCCGGGCUCUGCGCGCCCCCGCCCGGGACCCCCAGGCCCGCCCCGCUCGAGCUAGGCCACGCGGGCCCAGCGAGGCGGCCGCGCGGGCGGGAGGAGCAGGAUGUCCUUCCCGGGCAAGAAGAGCGUCCCCCGGAUCACGAGCGACCGCCUUUUGAUCAAGGGUGGGAAGGUCGUCAAUGAUGACCAGUCCUUCUACGCGGAUCUGUAUGUGGAAGACGGCGUGAUAAAACAAAUCGGAGAAAACCUCAUUGUCCCCGGAGGCAUCAAAACCAUCGAUGCACACGGCCUGCUGGUCCUGCCCGGCGGUGUUGACGUCCACACGAGGCUGCAGAUGCCCGUCCUGGGCAUGACCCCAGCAGACGACUUCUGCCAGGGGACCAAGGCUGCCCUAGCAGGAGGGACCACCAUGAUCUUGGACCACGUGUUCCCCGACGCGGGUGUGAGCCUGCUGACAGCCUAUGAGCAGUGGCGGGAGCGCGCGGACGGCAGGGCCUGCUGUGACUACUCUCUGCACGUGGACAUCCCCCGCUGGCAUGAGAGCAUCCGGGAGGAGCUGGAGGCCCUGGUCAAGGACAAAGGUGUGAACUCCUUCCUGGUCUUCAUGGCGUACAAGGACAGGUGCCAGUGCACGGACGGCCAGAUGUACGAGAUUUUCAGCAUCAUCCGGGACCUGGGUGCGCUAGCUCAAGUGCACGCAGAGAACGGGGACAUCGUGCAGGAGGAGCAGAAACGGUUGCUGGAGCUCGGCAUCACCGGCCCUGAGGGCCACGUGCUCAGCCGCCCUGAGGAGGUGGAGGCUGAGGCUGUGUACCGUGCUGUCACUAUUGCCAAGCAGGCCAACUGCCCCCUGUAUGUCACCAAAGUGAUGAGCAAGGGUGCGGCUGACGUGAUCGCCCAAGCCAAGCUCAGAGGGGUGGUCGUGUUCGGGGAGCCCAUCACUGCGAGCCUGGGCACUAGUGGCUCGCACUACUGGAGCAAGAACUGGGCAAAGGCUGCAGCCUUCGUCACAUCGCCCCCAAUCAACCCAGACCCCAGCACCGCGGACCACCUCACCUCCCUGCUGGCCAGUGGGGACCUCCAGGUGACUGGCAGUGCCCACUGCACCUUCACCACUGCCCAGAAGGCUGUCGGCAAAGACAACUUCACACUCAUCCCUGAGGGCACCAACGGCAUCGAGGAGCGCAUGUCUGUGGUCUGGGAGAAAUGUGUGGCCUCAGGGAAGAUGGACGAGAACGAGUUUGUGGCUGCGACCAGUACAAAUGCAGCCAAAAUCUUCAACGUGUACCCAAGGAAGGGGCGAGUGGCGGUGGGCUCUGAUGCCGACCUGGUUAUUUGGAACCCCAAGGCCACAAAAAUCAUUUCUGCCAAGAGCCACAACCUGAACGUGGAGUACAACAUUUUUGAAGGCCUCGAGUGCCGAGGAGCCCCCACGGUGGUCGUCAGUCAGGGCAGGGUGGUGCUGGAGGACGGGAACCUGCUUGUCACCCCCGGGGCUGGCCGCUUCAUCCCCCGCAAGACGUUCCCCGACUUCGUCUAUAAGCGGAUCAAGGCGCGCAACCGGCUGGCAGAGAUCCACGGUGUGCCCCGAGGCCUCUACGAUGGGCCCGUCCACGAGGUGAUGGUGCCCGCCAAGCCGGGGGGCAGUGCCCAGGCCCGAGCGUCCUGCCCAGGGAAGAUCUCGGUCCCACCCGUGCGCAACCUGCACCGGUCGGGGUUCAGCCUGUCUGGUUCUCAGGCUGACGACCACAUUGCCCGCCGCACGGCCCAGAAGAUCAUGGCGCCUCCUGGCGGCCGUUCCAACAUCACCUCGCUGUCCUAGGCGUCCCCGUGCGGCCCAGCGAGUCGCUGGUGUCCCGCCGGGCAGCGGCUGGUGGGGGGCCGCUCACCUCACGUAGCUGUCCCUUUGCUGGGUUUACCUGAAAGGUGCUUAGCCUCACCUCCCCUGCCCCAGAAACUCCCCUUCUGGGGUCCCAGGUCCUGUAGGAGGAGCCCACACAAGGAAAAGGGGUCUCACUGCCAGGUUGAGGAGGCUGGAGAUGGUGGCCCCGGGGACAGCCAGGAGCUCCAUGAGGCAGGGCAGCCGCCCAGCCAGGCCCGCAGGAUCCCCCGGGCCUCACAGAUGCGCAGACAGCAGGCCAGGCCACAGGUUCAGGCCGUUGGCUCCCCCUCCCCACGGGGGAUCACUGCCCUGCAAAGCCCCGGGCCUCCUGCCAGCUCCUCUCCCUGUCUGCCCUGCUUGGGGGAGCCCCCAGCGAGCCGGCCCCCGCCCCAGAGCUGCUGAGACUUCAGGGACGCACUGGACACUUAGCUAAGGGCGGCCUCGUUUGUACACGUUACCAGGGACCAAGCUCGCCCGCGUAGUCGCCUGUUUCCAGGGCUUAGGGUCAUUUAGCUGAGAUGCUGUCCCUUCACCACUGAGUGUACGUCACAGUAGUAGACUAGAGCAGCCGUUUUGUGCAUCGAGGACAACUGUAGCCAGGAAGCUGCAUGCCACGCACAGCCCAGACGGCGGCCUGCGCCCCGCACCCCCAGGA